AUGGGCAGCCUCGGUGGCGGACGCCGGACCAUCAGUGGUCCGGUCAUUUUCAUCUCCGUCGUGCUCUUAUCUGCGGCUAUAGCGAACGGCAUCAGGACUGGGGUUGUUGGUGCUCCUAGUCCUGCCGUCACAACAACACAAGCUGCUGGUGAAAUUACGUCGCCGCCGGUUGGUACCUCUGCAACUACGGCGCCUUCAGCUCAGCAAGCUCCUCCGUUGGAUGACCGGUACAGGGACAGCAAGAGGAAGGUGCCGAACGGACCUGAUCCUAUUCACAAUAGGAGAGCCAGAUGGGGAGAAGCACCGGCGAGGAGAGUGUAGAGUCACCGAGCACGUACAUUAGCUCAGAUCAGGUACAGAGGCUGAAGGCUGAAGGGAGGUCACAUUGUGGCGUGGAAGGUUCCAUGGCUAGUCGCGCGAGGUCGAUCGAGGACGAACAGCCAAGGAGGCGGUGGCGGUGGUGCUCAUGAUGGUCGACGUCCCGAGUGAACACACACUUAUAUGCAUGCAUGUAUUAGAGGGUGAAAAAGGGGAGAGAAUCGAGAGCACAAGGCCACACAAGAUGAUCAUCUUUGCUUUGGCCAACGUGCUCUAAAUCCUCUGAUAGAUCUCUCUUGACGAGCUUUUGUUCUUCCUUUUCUUUUUCUUCUUUGGGGGGUUAAUGGUGUUAAAAGGAGCACUCCAACUCCAAGCCUGCUACUUUCAUUCACUCACACAGAGUACGUAAAGCUCACACAACGCUCAACUAUUGAACAAAGAUUAUUCUUCAUGGCA